CAGCACUGGCAAAACAUGGCUCGUCUCGUGUUGUGUGCUUUGGCGCUCCUAGUGGCCGGCGGGUCAUGCGACCCCCUCAAGAAGAUUUGGCCCCAAAAGCCUGCUGACCAGGCUUCCCUCAAACGUCAGGUCGACCUGUCAUCCCUCUUCUACCAUAUCCAUGAGCCCCUUCACUACGAGCCCCUUAAGACCAUUGCCAGUACUUGGGAAAUCGAGAAGAACAUUGAGCACUACAGCAAUGUAACUGCUGUCAAGAUUUACGUGGAUCUCAUGGAGUAUGGUCUUCUGCCACGUGGGAUCCCUUUCUCUAUUCUUGAAGAACAUCAUCAGUUCGAGGCUGAGACUCUCUUCCAGGUUCUGUUCUCCGCGAAGGACUACGAUACGUUCUACAAGACUGCCGUAUACCUCAGAGACCGUGUUAAUGAGAACUUGUACGUCUACGUGCUCACAACCGCCAUUUCUCACCGCCCCGACACUCAAGGAUUCGUUGUCCCGCCGCUCUACGAAAUCUUCCCCUCUUACUUCCACAAUGGAGAAGUUAUGACCACUGCCCAGAGGAUCAACACUCACGGCAUGAACCUAGUCGAGCACUACCCGACGACUUACAUCUGGAAUGACAAUGUAGUGAUUAGGUGGAACGAGACCGUCUGGCCUUACUUCUCUGUCGAUUCCCCUGUCUUCUACUGGACUCACGAUUAUGCUCUCAACACAUGGUACUACAACACCCAAGUGGCUUACCCGAAGUGGCUCGGAAGCGAAACCUGCCCCUUGGUGAAGGACUACCGUGGUGAAUGGUUCUGGUACUGGCACAAGCAGCUCCUGUCUCGUUACUACAUGGAGAGACUGUCCAACGGUCUUGGUGAGAUCCCUGAACUUGAACUACACGGCACUGUUGAGGAAGGUUACACCCCUGGUCUCCUGUACCACAACGGAAUCCCAUUCCCGGUUAGGCCUAACCAUUUCCACCUUUAUCAAGAAGACUUCAUUCAUGAAAUUAAGGCUAUUGAAGACUACGAGCGUCGUAUUCGUGACGCUAUCGACGCUGGAUACUACAUUAACAACUUGGGCGAGCACGUCAGCCUGCGCACUCCUGAAUCCAUCGAUGUUCUCGGACGCCUGAUUGAAGCCAACGCUGACUCUCCCAACACCGGUUACUACAAGGACUUCAUCACCCUCUGGAAAGAACUCCUCGGAAACUCUAUUGUUCACGAGCACGCUUACCACCAGAAUACCGUGCCCCUGGUCCUGCCUUCCGCUCUGGAGCUCUACCAGACCUCUCUUCGUGACCCCGCUCUCUACAUGAUCUGGAAGCGUGUGUUGAACCUCUUCAACCUGUGGCACCAGCAGCUGCCUCCCUACAAGCCUGAAGAACUUGCUUUACCCACUGUUACCAUCCAGAAGGUUGAGACUGACAAGUUGGUCACCUACUUCGAGAACACCUACGUGAACGUUACCAACCACCUGCACAUGAACGAUUUUGAAAGGAAGGUGGUCGUUGAUGACGUCAGUGUCCUCGUCCAGGUCCCUCGUCUGAACCACAAGGUCUACCAGAUCCGCGUGAACGUCAAGAGCGAUGUCGCCAAGACCGUUCUCGUCAAAUUGUUCUUGGCUCCCAAAUACGACAGCCACGGCUACGAAAUCCCUCUUCACCUCAACACUGAAAACUUCUUCCAAAUCGACCAGUUCACUCACGACUUGCCCGUUGGUGAGCACGUUAUCAAACGCGAUUCCACACAAAACACAUGGACCAUUGACGACUGGACCAGCGCUCAUGAGGUCUACGAGAAGGCUGAGAACGCCCUGCACGGCAAGGGUCAAUUCGUCUUGAGCCAGGCUCAGAACAUUGAAGGAUUCCCUGAGCGUCUGCUGCUUCCUAAGGGUCGCGUCGGUGGUAUGCCCUUCGUCCUGCUGACUUAUAUCUCUGAGUACCGCGCACCUAAGGUCCAACUGGGUACUGGUUUCGACCAAGUGGUAUCUCCUGGCUUCGGCAGUGGAGCUCGCCGCAUGAGCGAUGAGCCAAUCGGCUUCCCCGUCGACCGUCCUCUGCACCUGUGGCAGAUCGAGGACCUGCACAACAUCAUGGUCCAGGAUGUCUUGAUCUACCAUAAGCCCACCCCCGAGGUUUACGUGCCUCACACCGACACUGCUAACUACCGAGUUGUGGUUUUGCGGCAGAACCAUAGACCUGAUCUGUCGCCGGGCGUCGGGGAAUUAUCUGGCGUCCGUGGCUUCCUUGUGGCGGGCUCGGGGGGGUCCGCUACAGUGCAGAACGGAGGCCGAGGAGGAAGGCGCGUCGAACCAUCUGGCGCGCCUAACGUGAAGGACCUUCGGGCAUUCGCGAAGGAGCCGCUCUUCGGUUCUCCGUUAUCAGUCCUGGGGCAGUAUAAAAGGGGGUGCUGGUGGUCAAUGCAGCACUGGCAAAACAUGACUCGUCUCGUGUUGUGUGCUUUGGCGCUCCUAGUGGCCGGCGGGUCUUGCGACUCCCUCAAGAAGAUCUGGCCCCAGAAACCUGCUGACCAGGCUUCCCUCAAGCGUCAGGUUGACCUGUCAUCCCUCUUCUACCAUAUCCAUGAACCUCUUCACGACGAGCCACUUAAGACCAUUGCCAGUACUUGGGAAAUCGAGAAGAACAUUCAGCACUACAGCAAUGUAACUGCUGUCAAGAUUUACGUGGAUCUCAUGGAGUAUGGUCUACUGCCACGUGCGGUGCCUUUCUCUAUUCUUGAAGAAUAUCAUCAGUUCGAGGCUGAGACUCUCUUCCAAGUUCUGUUCUCCGCUAAGGACUACGAUACGUUCUACAAGACUGCCGUGUACCUCAGAGACCGUGUUAAUGAGAACUUGUACGUCUACGUGCUCACAACCGCCAUUUCUCACCGCCACGACACUCAAGGAUUCGUUGUCCCGCCCCUCUACGAAAUCUUCCCCUCUUACUUCCACAAUGGAGAAGUUAUGACCACUGCCCAGAGGAUCAACACUCACGGCAUGCACCUAGUCGAGCAUUACCCGACGACUUACAUCUGGAAUGACAAUGUAGUGAUUAGGUGGAACGAGACCGUCUGGCCUUACUUCUCUGUCGAUUCCCCUGUCUUCUACUGGACUCACGAUUAUGCUCUCAACACAUGGUACUACAACACCCAAGUGGCUUACCCGAAGUGGCUCGGAAGCGAAACCUGCCCCUUGGUGAAGGACUACCGUGGUGAAUGGUUCUGGUACUGGCACAAGCAGCUCCUGUCUCGUUACUACAUGGAGAGACUGUCCAACGGUCUUGGUGAGAUCCCUGAACUUGAACUGCACGGCAUUGUUGAGGAAGGUUACACCCCUGGUCUCCUGUACCACAACGGAAUCCCAUUCCCGGUUAGGCCUAACCACUUCCACCUUUAUCAAGAAGACUUCAUUCAUGAAAUUAAGGCUAUUGAAGACUACGAGCGUCGUAUUCGUGACGCUAUCGACGCUGGAUACUACAUUAACAACUUGGGCGAGCACGUCAGCCUGCGCACUCCUGAAUCCAUCGAUGUUCUCGGACGCCUGAUUGAAGCCAACGCUGACUCUCCCAACACCGGUUACUACAAGGACUUCAUCACCCUCUGGAAAGAACUCCUCGGAAACUCUAUUGUUCACGAGCACGCUUACCACCAGAAUACCGUGCCCUUGGUCCUGCCUUCCGCUCUGGAGCUCUACCAGACCUCUCUUCGUGACCCCGCUUUCUACAUGAUCUGGAAGCGUGUGUUGAACCUCUUCGACCUGUGGCACCAGCAGCUGCCUCCCUACAAGCCUGAAGAACUUGCUUUACCUGCUGUUACCAUCCAGAAGGUUGAGACUGACAAGUUGGUCACCUACUUCGAGAACACCUACGUGAACGUUACCAACCACCUGCACAUGAACGACUUUGAAAGAAAGGUGGUCGUUGAUGACGUCAGUGUCCUCGUCCAGGUCCCUCGUCUGAACCACAAGGUCUACCAGAUCCGCGUGAACGUCAAGAGCGAAGUCGCCAAGACCGUUCUCGUCAAAUUGUUCUUGGCUCCCAAAUACGACAGCCACGGCUACGAAAUCCCUCUUCACCUCAACACUGAAAACUUCUUCCAAAUCGACCAGUUCACUCACGACUUGCCCGUUGGUGAGCACGUUAUCAAGCGCGAUUCCACCCAAAACACAUGGACCAUUGACGACUGGACCAGCGCUCAUGAGGUCUACGAGAAGGCUGAGAACGCCCUGCACGGCAAGGGUCAAUUCGUCUUGAGCCAGGCUCAGAACAUUGAAGGAUUCCCUGAGCGUCUGCUGCUUCCUAAGGGUCGCGUCGGUGGUAUGCCCUUCGUCCUGCUGACUUAUAUCUCUGAGUACCGCGCGCCUAAGGUCCAACUGGGUACUGGUUUCGACCAAGUGGUAUCUCCUGGCUUCGGCAGUGGAGCUCGCCGCAUGAGCGAUGAGCCAAUCGGCUUCCCCGUCGACCGUCCUCUGCACCUGUGGCAGAUCGAGGACCUACACAACAUCAUGGUCCAGGAUGUCUUGAUCCACCAUAAGCCCACCCCCGAGGUAAACGUGCCUCACACCGACACUGCUAACUAAACGUACCUAUAAUAUUACUAUGGCUUAAACGUUUGAUACUCAACGUUACAUCGGAUUUAUUGACUGUGACUGUUACAGUUUAGUCUUUAGUGAUUUUAGUCAAGAAACAUUGUAUUGUUGAGU